AUGGACUCUUUGACUAAGAAGACUUUCGAAGUCUCGCGCUCCCUGACGUACACCUACUUCCAUCAUCCACCAGCACAGCCGGAAAACCCCACUGUGCUGUGUAUCCAUGGCUUUCCCGACGAGGCCGCUGAGUGGGCAGACCUAGCAACUACCCACCUCAUCCCUGCUGGCUACGGUGUCAUUGCUGUAGACUGCCUGGGUUAUGCUGGCACCUCCAAGCCUCUCGAUCCUGCCAUGUACGCCUUUGAACACAUGACCAAGGAUCUUACCGAAAUCCUUGACAAUGAGAAGCUGCAGAAGGUUGUCUCUCUAGGCCACGACUGGGGAUGUGCCUUUGCUCAGAGAUUCUACAACUACUAUCCCGAUCGUGUUUUGGGACUGGUCAUGGUCAAUGUCGCAUACACCGCUCCUAGCGACCAGCCUUUCAGCCUGGACGCAGCCAAUGAGAUGACCAAGAAGAUCUUCGGCUAUGCUACUCUUCCUUACUGGUACCUUCUCUCCAGCGAGGAUGGCUACAAGCUCCUGGACGAGCAUCUCGAAAGCUGUUUUACCGCUCUCCACGGUCCUCCGGAGAGCUGGCUCGACACUGUCUGCAAGUACGAUGGUCUGAAGGACUUCCUGAUCGCGGAAAAGAAGCAAGAAACCGAACCCUACGCCACUGAGGAAAUGAAGAAUGCCUUCAUCACCCGCUUCAAGCGUGACGGUUUUGCUGGACCAACAUGUUGGUACAAGGCUAUGGUUGGUGGCCACCAAAACUUUGAGGCUAAGAAGGUCAAGGCCAUCAUCGUUGAAGUGCCUUCAUUAUAUGUCGGCUUUGACAACGACAAGGUCUGCCGCCCGGAGGCGAUUGCCAUGGCCAUGAAGAAUGGUCUUUUGCCAAAGCUAACUAACGUCAAACUGGAGGGCGGUCACUGGGGUCUACACGCCAAUGCUGACAAGUUUGGUAAGACUGUCGUUGACUGGCUGAAGCAGGGACUCUGA